UAGGUCAUUGUUAACAAGAUCAUUUCUGACAUACUGGCAUAAUGAUGAGUUAAUUAAAUGUGUUCUAUAAUAAUUACAGAAUCGUAUGACAAGGUAAGGAGAAAACUACCCCUGGCAACUGAUAUGUCUAACCUCGACACGGAGGCAGAGGAUGAUAGAGAGUCAAGGAAAAGAAGACCAACUGGCAGGUACUUGAGUUCGAGCUCCAGCUCAAGUGAUGAGGAAACACAAGUGACAAAGACCAAGGAGUCACGAGCGUCAAAGUCCUCUGUGCCCAUGCCACCUUCUCCACCUCGCCUUAGAGUUUCUCCCCAGCCGCCUUCUCCUCCUCGCCUUCUAGUCUCUCUACCUGUGGCACCGUCUCCACCCCUACCUACACUGUCGGUCCCGACCAGCCCACGGCGAUCCCCCAGGCGACGGAUCUUACCCGAGCCUUCUCCAUUGCUGUACCGACAGGAUGUAUGGAGGCCCAGUCAUCUCACCCAGAAAUGAUGGCACAAGUUCA